CACAACACAAACUGCAUCUGAAGCAUCUCUCUCUUGCUAAACUCACGAGUUAAAAAACGUUUUUAAAGUCAAAACAAACCAAGAGAUAAAAAAAAUGGGAGCGUGCGUUUCACGUGAAUCUUUGAGGAGCGAUUCAGCGAAGCUUAUACUGCUCGACGGUACUUUACAAGAGUUCUCAUCUCCGGUCAAAGUUUGGCAGAUUUUGCAGAAGAAUCCUACCUGCUUCGUCUGUAACUCCGACGAAAUGGAUUUCGACGACGCCGUCUCAGCUGUCUCCGGCAACGAGGAGCUCCGGUCAGGACAGCUUUACUUCGUUUUACCUCUAACGUGGCUCAACCAUCCGUUAAGGGCGGAGGAAAUGGCGGCCUUGGCUGUUAAAGCUAGUUCCGCGUUGACCAAGAGCGGCGGAGUCGGUUGGGUUUCCGGCGACGGAGAUGUAUCGGUUUCGGAAAAAACUUACCAAAGGAGAAACAUCGCCGGAGUGAAGACGAACGGUGGUGGAGGAAGAGGUUGCGGGAAAGGGAAGAGGCGAUUUACGGCUAACUUGAGCACGAUCGCCGAGUAGUAGCUGCUUGCUAGGGUCAAUUUUUUUAGUUAUUUUUCAGGAAAAAAAUUCGACCAACGACGUAUAAACUGUAAUUAUAGAUAUGCUUUUGACUUUUUUUUUUUUUUUUUUUAAUUGGAGAAAACAAAUUUAUCCAAUUAAUCGAUCCUUUUUUUUAUUGCUUAAAGUUAAGAAAUGGGAACGAUCGAGGAUGAUAUAGCUAGAUUCCAUUGAUGUGAUUCCAAUCUUAAUAACAAUGCAAUUUCGUAUGUGUAUAAUAUGAUGAAUUAAUAUUCAUCUUUUCAUGCGUAA